UGCCCCUGUUCGACACGGGGGGGGCGCGUCGUCGUGCGCAGGCGCGGCGCGAGGACUGGUGGGACGGUGCUGCGAAGGGCAGAUAUGUCGCGGGUCCGGGUGGUGUCGCGGUUGCUGCGCGCCCAGCGCUUGGCGCUGACCAGGCCGCAGGGGCCGGCAACUGCGCAGACCAGAACCCGAGGCUUUCACUUCACUGUUGAUGGGAAUAAGAGGUCGUCUGCUAAAGUUUCAGAUUCAAUUUCGGCGCAGUACCCAGUAGUGGACCAUGAAUUUGACGCCGUGGUGGUAGGCGCCGGAGGAGCAGGCUUGCGAGCUGCAUUUGGCCUCUCAGAGGCGGGGUUUAACACAGCCUGCAUUACAAAGCUCUUUCCGACCAGGUCACACACUGUCGCUGCCCAGGGAGGAAUCAAUGCUGCUCUGGGGAACAUGGAGGAGGACAACUGGAGGUGGCACUUCUAUGAUACCGUGAAGGGCUCCGACUGGCUGGGGGACCAGGAUGCCAUCCACUACAUGACAGAACAGGCCCCUGCCUCAGUGGUUGAGCUGGAGAAUUACGGCAUGCCGUUCAGCAGAACUGAAGAUGGGAAGAUCUACCAGCGUGCUUUUGGUGGACAGAGCCUCAAGUUUGGGAAAGGCGGGCAGGCCCAUCGGUGCUGCUGUGUGGCUGACCGCACUGGCCACUCGCUGCUGCACACCUUGUAUGGAAGGUCUCUGCGAUAUGAUACCAGCUAUUUUGUAGAGUAUUUUGCCUUGGACCUUCUGAUGGAAGAUGGGGAGUGCCGUGGUGUGGUCGCACUGUGCAUAGAGGACGGGUCUAUCCAUCGCAUAAGAGCCAAGAACACUGUUGUAGCUACUGGAGGCUACGGGCGCACCUACUUCAGCUGCACGUCUGCCCACACCAGCACCGGCGAUGGCACAGCCAUGAUCACGCGGGCGGGCCUUCCCUGCCAGGACUUGGAGUUCGUUCAGUUCCACCCCACAGGCAUAUAUGGCGCUGGUUGUCUCAUUACGGAAGGUUGCCGUGGAGAGGGAGGCAUCCUCAUUAACAGUCAAGGCGAGAGGUUCAUGGAACGAUACGCCCCCGUUGCAAAAGACCUGGCGUCCAGGGAUGUGGUGUCUCGGUCCAUGACUCUGGAAAUGCGUGAAGGAAGGGGCUGCGGGCCUGAGAAGGACCACGUGUACCUGCAGCUUCAUCAUCUGCCCCCCGAGCAGCUGGCCAUGCGCCUGCCUGGCAUCUCAGAGACGGCCAUGAUCUUCGCGGGCGUGGAUGUCACCAAGGAGCCGAUCCCCGUCCUUCCCACUGUGCAUUACAACAUGGGUGGUGUCCCCACCAACUACAAGGGGCAGGUUCUGCGGCAUGUGGACGGCCAGGACCAGGUUGUGCCUGGCCUGUACGCCUGUGGGGAGGCUGCCUGCGCCUCCGUACAUGGUGCCAAUCGUCUGGGGGCAAACUCACUCUUGGAUCUGGUCGUUUUUGGCCGGGCAUGUGCCCUGAGUAUCGCUGAAUCCUGCAGACCGGGAGAUAAAAUUCCUCCAGUUAGGCCAAAUGCUGGGGAAGAAUCUGUCGUAAAUCUUGACAAGUUGAGAUUUGCUGAUGGAAGCAUAAGAACGUCAGAACUACGACUCAGCAUGCAGAAGUCGAUGCAGAGUCACGCAGCAGUGUUCCGUGUAGGGAGUGUGUUGCAGGAAGGCUGUGAGAAAAUUAGCCAGCUCUACAAAGACCUAAAGCAUCUGAAGACAUUUGACAGAGGGAUGGUGUGGAACACUGACCUGGUGGAGACGCUGGAGCUGCAAAACCUGAUGCUUUGUGCACUACAGACCAUUUAUGGAGCAGAGGCCCGGAAGGAGUCACGCGGUGCUCAUGCCAGGGAGGAUUACAAGGAGCGGAUUGAUGAGUAUGAUUACUCCAAGCCCAUCGAGGGGCAGCAGAAGAAGCCAUUUGAGGAGCACUGGAGGAAACACACACUUUCCUAUGUUGAUUCCAAGACUGGGAAGGUCUCCCUGGAAUACAGACCUGUGAUUGACACCACACUGAAUGAGGCUGACUGCGCCACAGUCCCUCCAGCCAUUCGCUCCUACUGACGAAGCCAGGGCAACCCGCUUUUGUAAUUAUGUACAGGACCUUAUGCAUGUGUUCAGGCCAUGGGUGUCUUUUUUAAAUUGCACACUGCACCCAGAGAGUACAGAGUGCAGUUAGAAUAGAGACUGUCUGUUCAGUGGCCAACAGCUUGCCAGUAAUCAACAGCCAGGAAGUGUUAAGCUUGCCUUUAUCCCUUCUUUUGUGCUUGUGAAAUACAAAACUGGAGAUGUUUCUUAAAUAAAACAAAUUACAAAGUUA